GGAUAAGCGUCGCUCUUAGCAUCGGAUUGUGUUACAUUACAUUGCCCGUCACACUGUUACAACAUCUUUAUUGCAUAGAAAGACACCAUGGAGCUGUCAGCAGUGAACCUGUACAACCAGUUUGAGAGUCUCAGAGCCCAGGUCGACGGUCUGAAUGAGAGCAUUGAACCACAGUUCCUCCAGAUGGCAGUGAACUUUGAGGAUUGCCGCAAGAAAUGGCUGCAGGCAGGUGAGGAGCUAGUUUCCUGUAAGGAGAUGCUGGCUAAAGCAGAGACGGAGAGGGGAGCCUUGGAGGUCAAACUAAAACACGCUCGAAACCAGGUGGACGUGGAGAUCCGCCGGCGACAGAAAGCUGAGGCCGUAUAUGAGAAGCUAGAGCGGCAGCUACAGCUGAUCCGAGAGCUGCUGGUUUCAGAGAACAACGGUGGCAGCGUCCUCCUCAGUGAGGAACAGCGUUCAGCCCUGGCCUUCCUCAGUGCCCACUCCCAGGCAGCACAAGCUGCAAAGAGCAACCUCAACUCCAGCCGAAGACUGACUACUAUUGAUGAAUCAGCUUCUUUGCUGUCAGACAUCAGCUACGACCAUACGGAUGACUCUUUGGACUGGGAUUCAUCUGUGAUGAAGAAUGUUAGACUGCACAGGCGACAGAAACGACGUUCCUCCAGAAAACCUUCAGAAGGUCACUUACAGGCAGUGAAAAAGCCUCGCUCUACUGGAUGCCCAUCAGAUAGGAUGAAUGAAUCCAUUGUGGCCAAAACAACCAUCACUGUACCUGUAAAUGGUGGCGCUGUUGAGGCUGUCUCCACCAUUGAGACCGUGCCCUACUGGACGCGCAGCAGAAAGAAGAGCGUUGCUCCAUCUUGGAGUGUUACACCGACUACUGACGACUCUGAAACUGUCAGCGAGACUCCCAGAACACCUGUCUCAGAAUUUCCAGCCCAACUCCAGACUCCCAAAACUAAUGAAGGAGGAAAGAAACAUCACUUCAUCUCCAAAACAGUGAUCCGGUCAGAGUUUUGUGUGUCAUGUGGAAGAAGAACAAAGUUUGGCAAGCUGUAUCUUCGCUGCCAGGAUUGCAGGGCUGUGGCCCAUCCUGAGUGUCGUGACCUGUGUCCCAUGCCCUGUAAUCCUACUGCUCUUAAUACUCCUGUCAAGAACACAGAGUCUACUCUGGCUGACUUUGCUCCACUCACUGCUCCAAUGAUCCCUGCUUUGGUUAUCUACUGCAUUAAGGAGAUUGAAAAAAGAGGCCUACAUGAGGUUGGCCUGUACAGAGUCUCUGGCCAUGAGCGUGUGGUGAAAGAGCUGAAGGAAAAGCUCAUUAGAGGAAAGACUCUACCUCCUCUUAACAAAGUCGAAGACAUUAAUGUCAUUGCAGGCGUCCUCAAAGACUUCCUCAGAAACCUUCCAGAGCCACUGCUCACCUUCCACCUCAACAAAACCUUCAUGGAAGCAGCGGAAAUCCAGGAUGAUGACAACAGUCUUGCUAUGUUGUAUCAGACGAUGAGUGAGCUGCCUCAACCAAACCGAGACACACUGGCCUGUCUGAUGAUCCAUCUGCAGAAGGUGUCUCGAAGUGUGGACACCAAGAUGGAUGUAAAUAACCUGGCCAGGGUGUUUGGCCCCACCCUUGUAGGUCAUGCUGUUCCUAACCCAGACCCUAUGACCAUCCUGCACGACACCAACAGGCAACCAAGGGUUAUAGAGCGCUUGCUCAGUAUUCCAGACAGCUAUUGGAGCCAGUUUGCUUAUCCAGAUAAUGCAAGCAUUGACAAUGCUCACAACACUGACACUCCAAACCACAAAGUGAGCAUACUCGGGCCAGUAACUACUCCAGAGCACCAGAUGAUGGCCAAAACACCUUCCUCCAGUUCACUGUCUCAGCGCAUGAAGCAGACCCUCUCCAGUACCACCUUAUUUGGGAGCAAGAGCAAAGCGACAUCUGCCUGUAAUCGCCAGGGAAGCUUCUUUGCUUCCCCCCAGCUGAAGUAAUGGUAACGAAAGAAAAACCCCUCACUACAUUAUGCUUUUAGGUUACUUACUGCAGUAAAUGAAUAUAUAUGUAUAUUUAUAUAAUCA